CCAAACGUUUAGGGAGAUGAAGAAUCGGUGGUGGAGGUUGGGGAAUUUGAAACUUGUCAUCGAAACAAAACUCCAUGAAGAUUUUUUGUAUGGACUCAAUUGCUCCGCUGCCUCUUUCGGUGCUGAAGGACAAUGGGUUUUGGUUUUAGGCUCAACCUCCUCAAGUCUGGCAUUCCACUUCAUCACUCUCACUGGCAAACUCCUGCUUCUCCUUCCAAGCUCUCUUUUACUUCUGUUAGAGGCAGGGAGGGCUCUUUCAACUCGGCAAGGCUGUUAUUCCUGUCCAUUAUUUCUGAGGAAGGCGAGAUUUCCGGUAAAGAUACUCUGAAGGUGUACUCUUGUUCAUCUGCUUCACCGCAGAUCUUAGAGGAUGGCGUCUCUGAAAUGGAACAGAUAAGCUUUAGGAGUAGUUCGUCCAACACGACUGGGAAUAACCAGAUGCCUGUUGCAGAUGGAAACUUUAGACCCGUUAACACCUUAGAAUCUUGCAGUGCAGCUCAUUUUAUUUUGUUACUGAAAAAUCUUGAUGCUCUGGAGGAGACUUUUGCUAAUUCAGAUGUGUUAAAGUUGGAAAAAGAGAUACUUUUGCAAUUAGAGCUUGGAGCUCUACAGUUAUUUGAUGCCUGUCUAUUAAGAACUCUUACAUCCUCAAGCUUUUUUGAUUUGUCUGACAUACCUACUGUACAGAUUGAAGGUCAUAAGAUGGAUAAGAAAGUAGAUAACGACAGAGGCAAGAUUAUUGUACGUUCUGGGAAAAAGAAGGAAAGAAGAUCAAGAAAAAGAGCAUUAGAUAAUGUCAGAGUUUCUUCUGACUCAUUGCCUCCUAAAUCAACUUGGGAAGGUUCAAAACAUCCUACUGCUUCAUCAGCGAAAAGAGCAUCAAAGUAUCGAAAGAGUAGACUUACAAUAGCUAAAAAUGAGGCAGAAAUGUCAACCGGGGUUAAGGUGAUCGCCAAUUUGGAGAGAAUUAAAGCAACUUUGGAAAAGGAAACUGGCACAGUAGCUACCUUAAGUUGUUGGGCGGAAGCAGCGGGAGUUCGCGAGAAGGUGCUGUUACAGAAAUUGCAUUUUGGUUGUUCCUGCCAGGAUGAGCUUAUAAGGAGCACUCGUUCUUUAGUUCUAUACCUUGCUAGAAGCUAUAGAGGGCUAGGAGUAGCCAUGGAUGAUUUACUGCAGGCUGGAAACCAGGGUCUCCUGCAAGGUGCAGAAAGGUAUGAUCACUCGAGGGGUUACCGAUUCUCAACCUAUGUCCGAUACUGGAUAAAGAAAUCAAUGUCAAGAUUGGUGGCACGGCAUGCUAGGGAAAUCCAAAUUCCUUUCACGCUAAGCAAGGCAAUAAAUCAGAUACAGAAAGCUCGCAAAGCCACUUACAACAGCCACAUGAGAUACCCAGACGAUGAUGAAAUUGCAAAGAUUACAGGUCUUUCGUUGGUGAGAAUCAGAUCAGCUAGCACAUGUCUGAGAGUUGUGGGUUCGGUAAAUGACAAGAUGUGGGACAACUCUCCUGGGACUUUUAUGGAAUUUACACCGGACACAUCAAUAAAAAGCCCUGAAGAAACUGUCACGAGACAGCACAUGAAAAAAGACAUCCAUGAUCUGCUGAAAUGCUUGAACUCGAAGGAGAGGCAAGUGUUGGUGCUGCGAUAUGGGUUAAACAACUACGACCCCAAGUCACUUGAGGAGAUUGGAAAGCUUUUCGAUGUGAGCAAGGAGUGGAUACGGAAGAUAGAAAAGAAAGCUCUCACGAAGCUAAGGGACGAUGAAACACACAGAAGUUUAAGCCAUUACUUGAAAAACUAGUAGAUUCAGAGUAAUACGAAAAAGAGCAAGUCAUUCUGAGCUUCUCUAUCAGAAGUAGUAGGCUGGGAGAAUUAGUCAUCAUACACUGACAACCAUAGCUUCUUUCUGAUAAAGAUUAACGGAUACACAGAAUCAUGGGUGACCUUCGGUUAGUUCCCUGCCAAAAUUUCAGCUCAACUCUACCGUGGGAAUUUUUCGGUUCUCUCAUGUAAAGAUCAUAAUGUUGUAUUGUAUGCUUAGCAUUCUUUCAUUUUCGUUGGUGCGAUUGUAUAGCAUAGAGGUGGUUGCAUAUAUGUCUCCGGUACAUAUAAAUGAUAUGAACUACUGUUUAUACACGAGUCAUGCGGUUAAACUCCGUGAAUCAGGCUUACUUGCUGAAUGCUAAAUUGACAUUUGUGUGCAUCUUCUCCCUCCA